AUGCCUUGCCCCUAGUCGGUCACCGAGUGCAAGUCUGCGUUCAGCAGCAGUAGCGGUAUCGCACGGACACUACACCGUAAAUCACUGUACCCCCACCGCUGGAAGACAGCUUUUCCACUAUGGGCGACAAGAAAAGCCCAACCAGGCCAAAAAGACACGCCAAGCCCUCGGCUGACGACGGAUUUUGGGACUGUAGCGUCUGCACCUUCAAAAAUAGUGCCGAGGCGUUUAAGUGCAGUAUGUGUGAUGUACGUAAAGGCACAUCCACAAGAAAACCCAGGAUAAAUUCACAGCUUGUGGCCCAGCAGGUGGCUCAGCAGUUCGCCACACCUCCGCCACCCAAAAAGGAGAGGAGGGAGCGGACAGACCGGGACCGACACGAUCUUGACCUGCAUGACGACGAGCACCUGGACACGGACCACUCUGACUCAGACCGCCUCAGCAGCAUCCACCCGGACAGUGACACUGCUGAGCGCCCCCAUCGCAUGGAGGAGCUUGCGGACAGGGAGCGGAGGCUGGAGCACCUUGGGCUGGAGCGGGGUAGGGAGGUGGCCAGGGGUCGUGCGGAGCAGGACAGACAGCUGCCGGAGCGGGACAGACAGCAGCCGGAGCGAGACAGACAGCUGCCGGAGCGGGACAGACAGCAGCCGGAGCGGGACAGACAGCAGCCGGAGCGGGACAGACAGCUGCCGGAGCGGGACAGACAGCUGCCGGAGCGGGACAGACAGCUGCCGGAGCGGGACAGACAGCUCCCGGAGCGGGACAGACAGCAGCCGGAGCGGGACAGACAGCUCCCGGAGCGGGACAGACAGCUCCCGGAGCGGGACAGACAGCUGCCGGAGCGAGCUUGGCCUGACAGGGAGAGCCCCAUCCCGGUAGGACUGGAGAAGGUGCGGCCCAACAAGGCCCACACACUGCACCCGGAGCGGCGGAGCUCAGCCGGAUCAGAGGUGCCAGAGCAGGAGCCUGAGAGAGCGUGUCUGGUCAGGGAUCCGCUCAAGAAGGACAAGACCGAAAAGGACAAGGUGGAAAAGGAGCCUGCCAAGCACAGCGAUGCCGUGAAGGGGGCCCCUGUGCUCAUCAAAAAGCCCACAGCCAAAAAAACAAAACCCAGGUUAAAUAAGAAAGGCAUACCAAGUGAGAAGAAUAGUGUGAAAUCGGGGAAGUCAGCGGCAAAGAAGAAUAACAACCGUCUCCUCUCCCGACCCAAGCUGAAGAACAUUGACAGAAGCAGUGCUCAGCAGUUGGCCAUCACUGUCGGCAACGUGACGGUCAUCAUCACGGACUUUAAGGAGAAGACGCGCUCUUCUUCCACUUCCUCGUCCACAGUCACCUCCAGCGUAGGCUCGGACCUGCAGAACCACACGUCCGGUUCCGAGAGCACUGACCGGAACUCAUCCCGCGCCUCCACCCCCAGAGGAGAGCUCGCCACCAGGCACGAAGAAACGCACUGAGCGGGGGCUGGCCCCCAUGCCGGUUCCACAACCCUUAGUAUGAGCCCCUGCGCACACGGCUGACUAAGGCACUCCCAUGUGAUGGAGCAGCAGGACCACGAGGAAUGGAAGGGAGUGGGUGGCUGAUUCUGUGAUGACAUUCAAGCUCUGUAUCCUUGCCAUGCUCCCCUUGCCGUGGAGUCGACUUUUCAACAUUAUCUUUUGUGGAAAAAACAAGGAGGAUGACUGUGUACUUUUAAGCCUUAUCCUUGCCAAAUGUGUUUUAUUACUUGCUGUGGCUUUAGGCACAUUUGUUUUCCUGGGAGGACGGGAGAAACUGGAGGAGGGAUUCUCUGCCAGUUUUAUAAAUAUGUAAGCUGGUUAAGUAGUCGUUUGUGUGGCUCUGUGCAAUCUCAACACAUCUGCUAUGUCCAUCAGGGAAAGUGUGACCUCUUGUUCGUUUCAUCAUAUAAUUAAUUUUAUCGUGUAAUAAAAAAUGCCAUCCGAGUGAACACAUCAGCCGGUUUGCAUUGUUUUGGUCUUCAGGAGACGAGGCAAAAGCUGGUCCCUCUAAUUUAGCUCACUCUUAUGUGAUGUGUAUUUGCUCAGAAAUAAAUGUAUAUUAUUGCUAUCUGUGCAUCUUAUUGUUAUUUUUUAAAAACAAGGACAACUUAUUUUAUUUUAGCGUCAAUACAGUGUUGUCCUUGGUAUGAAAGACGAUAGCAUUUUCUCCUAAAUAUAUUGAAAUCAUGACGUUCUGUGUAUUUUACAGCUGUUAUUUAUUGAAUGAUCAAAGAAACCAUAUAUAUAUACACUCACUAGUUGUCUUUUGAAAUAACAAUGAAAAUUUUGAAAUAAAGAAUGCAUUAUGCUAAGUUAA